AUGACGUCACGAUUUAUGGCGAUGAAAGUCAUUAUCGUCAUGGAGGUGCUGACUCUGAUAAGGCACAGUUUGACGCCAGACGACCAAAAUCCCAUUUACAAGUAUUUCAAAGUGGGCAAACAGAUCGGAAGUUCUGGCCCGGAAAUGGCGUGGAGGAUUUUUCAGGCAACAAGGAUUGAUGACGGGAAGGACGCGGCUGUAUUCAUAUUCGAGAAGAAAACCGCUGAGAAACUGUACAAACCACGGAGACGAGAAAUCGUAACGGAGAUGCUGAGAAAGGAUGCUCGCCUGCUCUCAGAGCUGAGACAUCCAAAGAUACUCAGAGUCCUUAGACCUCUGGAGGAGAGCCAUGACAGCAUAGCGUUCGCCACUGAGCCAGUCAUAGGCAGUCUGUCCAAUCUACUCGGAAACUAUGACAGGAUGCCGAACAACGAACACAACUUCCUCGAGGUUGAAAUAAAGUAUGGUAUCAUGCAAAUAGCAGAGGCCCUGAGUUACUUGCACACAACGGAACACAUCCUUCACAACAACGUCUGCCCAGAAAAUGUCCUCAUCACAAAACGCGGCAUGUGGCGUCUGUCAGGUUUCGGGUUUUCAGAGUGCAGUAAGGAUGGCCAGUUCAAGGUCGGUGUCUGGAUACUUAUGCCACAAGUCCGUGUUCGUCGAAGCAGCCGAAGAUGGCCCAGCCUGAUCUGGAUUUCGUCGCUCCGGAGAUCCAACUUCAAACUUCCAAAUUCGCUACCUGUGGCGGCGACAUAUUCUCGCUCGUUCUUCGAUGACCCGAUGGUGAGAUGCAUCCAGGCGUUGGACGCUGCAGAUGGGGGCAGGGACCUCUCCCAUAACUUCGACCUCUUCAAUAAAAUUUCACAAGUCAUACCGCACUGUCCCAAGAAGCUACAGUACGGUACAUUCUUCCCCUUCUUGAAGGAGCAGAUGCUGAAGCCAGAGAUGCUGACACUUGUACUGCCGUGCGUCGUCGUCCUCAUAGAACACUCCACGACAGCUGACUAUCACCAGGUGAUUAUGCCAGAGUUGAAAAAAGUUUUUUCAACGCCGAAUAGACCAGUGCAGGCAACUGUUUUCUUGCUUGAGAAGUUGAACGUGCUCCUGGCGAAGGCGUCGGAGGAGGACAUAAAGUCAGACGUGUUGCCGCUGGUCUUCUCCACCAUCGAAUCCAACUCGAUACCGGGACAGGAGGCAGCCAUCAACGUCUUCAACACGAUAAAAAAAUAUUUGGACGACCAAUCGAUGAGGAAACUGGUCCUACCGAAGGCUAUGGGCCUCUUUGUCAAGUCGUCAUCUGUCAGAACAAAGUUAAACGCGCUGGCUUGCAUAGAUAGACUUUUAGACAGUAUAUACAAGCACCUUCUGACAGAUAGAAUGUUUGGACUGACGCACAGCCUGAUUGCUACUAAAAUCAUGCCAACUCUAAUUCCAUACACUGUUUGCCCCGGUCUCAAUCUAGAACAAUUCAGCGAGCUGAUGGAGGUGUUGUUUGAGAUGCUGGCGAUCAUAGACACACAGAGAAGGACGAAGAUGAUUAACGAGGCACCAGACAUCAAAGCUCUCGAGAUGAGGCGAACCUCCAUGGACAUGAGAUUCAACAACAACAUCAACAUCGGCAACAACAUCAACUGCCACACAAACAACAAUCUAUCUCUAGACAGACUGCUGGGUGUUGAGAGCUGCAUCAGAGCAUCAUCGGCGCCUGGUUCAUCGAGAGAGCUCUCGACAAUCGCGAUGACGUCAUCGUCAGCGUUGAAACCUACGUCAUCGUCUUUAUUAGCCAAUCAGCCAUCGUGUAGGAGGCACUCCAGUUACCAGGCACUGCUUAAUCCAAACAGUCAAAGUUUAGAGGAACCAACAUCGGUGAAGAGCCAAAGGAGCAUGUUGGGCUCCUUACCGUGCCACUUCAGCAGGCAAGCAUCUAUACCGGCUACCGGCUCACCGACGCCCAACACUCCUUCGAUACUCGUCAGCAAACCGUCGGUUAACGAUUUUAAAGAAAUCCUUAGUGCGGCCAACACCGGAUUUUGGGGGGGAGGAGGGGGCGUUGGUGGUGGAGGGGGUAUGUUUUUCUUGGGGGCGAACAACAAUCCGGAGGAUAAGAACAGGCGCGCAAGCACACACAGCAUGGGAGUCAUUGAACCGAUCAGACGGAACAGUCGAGAAAUACUCGACCGAAUACCGAUAGCGAACAGGCGACCGAGUUUUCACGGGAUGUGUGAAACAGCGAUGCAAUUUUUCUCCGGGAAGUGAAUAAAACCAUCUCCCGUUUAUACCUUCACAAGA